GCUUAGAGUGUAUUGCACCCUGGCUAUAAAACAAAGGAGCUCACUGACAUCUUUCCAUUAAUCAUUGGAACAUGGGCCAGCACCUCUUUCCAUUCUUGCUCCUUCUGGCAACGCUGGUUUCCAGCAAUUAUGCUGAGAAACAAGAAGAGUGGAUGGCGUGCUUUCGUGAUCCUGACUACGAGGAGCUGCUAAAUAUCGCCAGGAAUGGUCUCAACAAGACCUCCAAACCAAAGACGGUUGUGAUUGUUGGUGCGGGAAUCAGUGGACUCACUGCUGCCAAAUUACUGAAAGAUGCUGGACAUCAGGUUCAUAUUCUGGAAGCCAGUGACCGUGUGGGUGGUCGGAUAAAGACCCAUCGUGAGAAGGAUUGGUAUGUGGAUGUGGGACCUAUGCGUCUGCCCAAGCACCACAAAAUUGUUCGCGAAUACCUGAAGCAAUUCAACCUUGCUUUAAACCCGUUUGUUCAGAAUAAUGACAAUGCAUGGUAUUUAUUUAGAAACAGAAGGGAAAAGGUGGCAGCGGUGAAAGCAAAUAGUAACCUCUUUGGAUAUGAACUGGAUCCCAAAGAGAAAGGAAAGUCGCCUGAUCAACUUUAUUUGGGAACGUUGGAUAGGGUAACAAAAGAUUGCACGGUUUUGAGGGCAAAGUAUGAUUCUUACUCUGCCAAGGAAUACUUAAUCAAAGAAGGAAAUCUGAGCAGAGGAGCCGUGGAUAUGAUCGGUACACUCUCAAAUCAAGAGGCUUCAUUCUAUCUUUCGUUUUUUAACUCUGUAUUCAGUCAUGUGACUUUUUCAGAUGAUAACAGUUUGGAUGAAAUCACAGGUGGGUUUGACAAGUUCCCCAAUGCCUUCCUCCAAAAGCUGCCUGGAAUAAUUCGCCUCAACAACAAAGUAGAGAAGAUUGUCCACUCGGGACGGAAAGCCACUGUGUUUUUCCGCAAGAAGGGCAAAAGUGCCUUGUCUUGGCUGACCGCUGACUUCGUCCUUGUCACAGCUACGACCAAAGCCACUCGACUCAUUGAAUUCCAGCCUCCUCUUUCUAACACAAAAGCCCAUGGCCUUCGUUCCUUCCAUUAUGCAAGUGCCACUAAAAUUGGCUUGGCUUGCACAGACAGAUUUUGGGAGAGAGACGGGAUUCGAGGUGGAAGGUCAAUGACCGAUCGGCCAUCCCGAGCUAUCUACUAUCCAAGCCACAAUUUCACCAACGGCCUUGGGGUCGUCCUGGCUUCUUAUACCACCCGGGAGGAUUCGAAUUUCUUUCUUGCCCUCAGUGAGGAAAAGUGUGUUGAUGUGGUGCUGGAUGACCUAUCACAAUUGCACAGUAUCUCCAAAGACUAUCUCAGAUCUGUUUGCAACAAACAUGUGGUUCAGAGAUGGAGCCUGGACGAAUUCUCAAUGGGGGCAUUUGCUGCUCCGGCUCCCUAUGAGUUCAGUCAUUUUUUCAAGGCAUUGGUCCAGAAUGAAGGGAGGGUUUACUUUGCAGGAGAACAUUUAGCUCAUCCCCAUGCUUGGAUUGAGAGUGGUAUGAAAUCCGCAAUAAGAGCAGCAAGUGCCAUUAAUCUCAGGGCUGCUAAGCCUGCCUUGUAGAAGCUGGAAAUAUGAGCCCAUGUCACACCUAUCCAUUAAAAAAAUGUCAGAAUGGAUAGACUUCCCCCACUUUUAAAGUACUGGGCGUUUGUGCCAGUGGUUAUGAAAGAGAA